AAAAAUAUAGGUGUAUUUACAAACUGCUAAGAGUCUCAAAACCACUAUUCUUUUCAUAUAGAAGACACGAAAAUUAGUUCACAAUUUGAUUUCACGAAUCUUGUCAUUUUAAAUAUUAGUUCAUACCUUAGAAUAAUACUACGGGCAUCGAAAUCGUGUUGUAAGAAAUACUAGGGUAUAGUUUUUCAAGUCGUCUAAAGUGGUAACUACAAAUGACGAGUGACGUAAAAAUCGAAAAACUACCUAUUGAACCCUUGGACGUAGGUACCAGGCCCCACUGGGAUGCUGAAAAACAAUGUCUUUAUCUUGUGGAUAUACCAAACAGUACAGUGUACAAAUAUAUUCCUUCACAAGAGAAAGUUGUAAAAGCUAAGGUGGGAAAUGAACCGUUGGGAUUUAUGUUCCCUGUUGCUAAUAAGUCUGACCAAUUCAUAGCUGGUUUGGGGAGAAAAUUUUGCUUAAUAAAAUGGGACGGAAUAAGUAGCAACGUUUCCUCAGUUGAAACAAUUGCAGAAGUUGAUACAGAACCAAAUCUAUCUUCCAAUAGAUUGAACUGUGGAAAGAUAGAUCCUUUUGGAAGACUUUGGGCAGGAACUAUGGGGCCAACUGGUCCCGAUGGUGUAACAAUCCCUAAAAUGGGCUCUUUGUACAGUUUAAGUAGAAGAACAAUAAAAAAACACGAAGGAAACGUUAGCAUUUCAAACGGAUGUGCAUGGAACAUAAAAACUCGUAAAAUGUACUACAUAGAUACAUUAUUUCCUGGUGUUUACGAAUAUGAUUACGACUUAAAUACAGGCGACAUAAGUAAUAGAAAAGUAAUUUUUGAAUUCGGCAAACAUCAUAUACCAGGCCUUCCUGAUGGUAUGUUGAUUGAUACCGAAGAUAUGUUAUGGAUUGCUGUAAUUCAUGGUUCUAGGGUAAUUAGAAUAAAUCCAAAUAGUGGAACUUUACUAAACACAAUAAUGCUGCCCACACCACAGGUAACAGCCAUUUGUUUUGGAGACAGUUCACUAAGUUCCAUGUAUAUUACAACAGCUCAAAUAAAAGUAGAUGGUAAAAUACCGGAGCCUCCUGCAGGAAGUACUUAUGUGAUACGUUCUUUGAGUCCAAAAGGACUCGUAGAUAGCAAUUUUGUAUUGUAAAAUCAUAUAAAUAUAACCAAAAAUAAAAUAAAUAAAAACAUUAA